GCGGAACUUUACCGCCUUGCACUGGUGCUUGCUAUCUCUACCCUGGCAGAGCCUACUGCGGAUGGUUUGCAGAAAAUACGGAAUAAGUACCUCACACCUCAACAGCACCGCAUGUACAGCAAGUGGGAGUUCCAGAAAGAUAUCUUGGAAAUGCAGAAGGGUAUUUUGGAUGCCAACAAGCACAAGAUGCAGGGCCUUCCAUACAUGCUCUCGUGGCUAUCGUCUCACAAUUGGCAGCGUCCAACAGCCAAGGGAUCACCACAUAUGUCUGAUAAUUUCUUACCAAGAAGUACAAUGCAACAACAACACCAACAACAGCAGCAGCAACAACAACAACAAUAUCAUCGGCAACAAAAACAUCAUCAACAAACAAUGUUUACAGAAAUAUUACUAUUGCUUCCCUGUGCCAUAUCAGCUUUGGUCAUUUUUGUUCUGGCUGUCUUUUUGGGUCUCCAUACUGCAAUACUGAGCCUGAUGCAAUCCCUGCACCUGAGGAUAUUGUCCAUCACCGGGACAACGGUUAUAAACCAUAUCAUGCAGUAUUUGUACUCGGCGGUGAUGUACUCAAGCAUCCUUGGAGCAUUUUCCUCGUUUAUCCCGUCAGGAAUUUCCUCAUCAAUCCCUGUUCUCCAGCAGAAAGCUGAGGGAGUAGACAAAGAGGAUAUUAAGGUUUUCACCAAUACCUUUCUUCGAGAGGGUGCCAACAUGGCUGCAAAUCCAAAGACUUGUGAAGGAACAGCUGGCAUAUUAAGCGGCAAAAUUACAGUGCAAGGCGGUUUUGUUUUCACAAGCUAAAGUUGUCAACUACACAUGCAAUAAGUGAACGAUUUCCCCACAGUUGCGGCAUGCUCAAGAGCUUGCAAUCAUGUAUCGGUUCAUACGUGAAGACAUUUUUAUCUCCGUUGGUUAUUGUUUAGCUUUUAUAUUUAUUAUCAAACCAUGCUACUUGGCAAAUGUACCUUGUUAUAUGUCAGUGAUACAUUGAUAUGUCCCGUGGGAAAACACUAGGGUAAUUACAUCACACCUAUAUUCAUGUUCUUAUUGUCUAUUUAAUAAAUUGUUAUUUCAGCGUGCA